AUGCAGGGCUCCCUCGUGCUCAGCCUCCUGACCGUGCUCCUAGCUGCAGCUAAUGGCGAAUAUUCAUGUUCAGAUUGCACAGUCUCCGAGUCCCAGGCAAAUUGUCCUGCACCGAACUGCACGGAGGGGACCUGCAUCCUCACUCUGGAAACGGUCUUCUCAGGAAACACCGUGACCGUCAAAGCUUGCACGGAGAACAGCACUACCUGCCGUGCAGAGUUCAUCAGCCUGUCCGUCAGGCCCGACAAACAAGUGAGGACCAGCUCCAUGUGUUUUCAAAGCAACAACUUCAACAAGAAUAUAACCGUGGCCGUGCCGCCGAAGAGCUCACCCAAGAACGGGCUGCAGUGCGAAGCCUGCGAUCCGCCGGACGCUGACCAGUGCAAGAAGAAUGUGACCAUCCCCUGCAUGGGCUCUCAAGACCAUUGCAUCGACUUUGCUGGGAUGCUUGUUAACAGCACCACCACCACAUUGGUCUUGAAAGGCUGCGCUACCCAGAGCGCCUGUAACCUGAAAGUCAAUGGCAGCUUCUACUAUUCCCAGAAGACAUAUACGCUGACCAAAGCCAGCUGCCUUCCGGCUACCGGCAAGGGCUCUAACGUUGCUGUUCAUGCCCUGGCGUUCUUCCCAACGUUGGCCGGGCUGCUCCUGGUGAAACAGCUGUCCUGA